AUGAAUCCACUAAAGAAAGAUAACAAUGCUAAUGACUUUAUGAAACCAAGGAAGAUUAAGAAUAAACUUACAAAUAGGAAAUAGUCUGUGCAGCCGCUACAAAAUUAAGGACCUAUCAUUCUUCCUUAGAGUCUUGCUCAGCAAACUGGCAAUAAUAGAAGUACACUUUUAUAGCCAUCUCAAAACUAAAUGAAUACAAUAAACUAUCCUGGAUUGCAAUUUUCACCUAUAAACCCAGGAAAAUCUGCAAUAGCAGGAGGCUAAACAAAUAAAGAUCAAAAUCUUUAUGUCACUUAUUUGAAGGAACUGAAACAGCUUCAAAAUAACAAAUCCUCAAAUGAAAUAUCUCAAUCUUUCUUAAUACCUAACUAAAACAACUACAAUCAGUUUAAAAAUAGCUUUAUAAAUCAAAAUACUAAUGCAAAUUCGACUCCUAUCGCUCAAAGAAAUUUGAUAAUUUAACAUAGCAUGAAGUAAUAAUUGCAAAAUAAUACGUCUAACGUUUCCUCUUAAUCAUAAGAAGUAAACCAAUAGGCCAUGCUUAAAUUUCAUUUACAAUAACUUUCUCACGAAAAUUUAAAAAUCAGAUAGUAAAACAAGUAGAAUAUAUAAUCUAACCAAUCUCAAUCAUAAUCUCAAUAAAAUCAUCCAUUAUUCAGUAACCCUGCUUAUGCUAACUUAAUAAAUACAGUCAAUUAAUCGUAAUUUUAAAAAUAGUAACAACAAACUAAUCUUUUUAGCAAAAGAAAUGCAGACCAACUGCAAUAGUAAUAGCUCAGUUCAAUAAAUGCGAGCAGUUUCUCUCCAUAAAAAGAUCUAAAUAUUAAAAGUAUAAAAAAGAAAGAUAAGAUAGCUAUGCAGCAAUUUAACCUCUUGAAAUAAUUCUAAAAAGAGUAGAGAAUCCAAUAAAUAAAAGAUGAGAUAAAAAAAAAUGAUUCAUAGCUUCAAUAGUAAUAUUAGCUUAAUGGCUUAGUUAAGUUGUCUUAAGUUACAUCACAAUAAUAGGAGUCAGAUUCGGAAGAGAUAAAGAAUAUUUAAUCAAAUAAAUCUGUUCAAUAAUCUCCUUAUCUCAAUCAAAGCUCUCUAUUGAAUCACUUUGCAAAUACUAAAAAAGAGAAGAUUAACAAUAUUAUAAAGACUGUUUAAACUAAACUACAAGAAAAAAACCUACUUUAGAGGCAGUUUUCUUGUCAAAAUGAUAAAUAAAAAUUAAUAUCAAUAGAUUCAAAUUAAGAUGAAGAUUUGUUCAUGAGUCCAUAAUUUAAAAAAACUUUAAUAGUUUUUGAUCAAGAUGAAUAGAGUGGUGAUGAUCCUAUAAGUCCCCUUGAAACAAUACCUAUAAAUGACUAGGAAUAAAAUGAUGUAGAUACACUUGAAAAUGAUAAUAUGCAAAUUAAAAAGAAUAUUUAAGGACUUUAAGGUGAGUGCUAAACAGACACUAACAAAUUGAAUCAAAGGCAAAAUGUUAAAAAUUUGGCUGAUUAAAAUCAGAUUAAUACGAAGACAAAAUAAGGAAGAAUUAACUAGUUUUCUUUUGGCUAAAUUUCCCCUAAAUUUUAUCAGGACUAGCCAGCAGCUAAUCUUUUAGAGAGCAAAGAAUAAAGCAGAUCGAGGUAGAACAAAAAGGAUUUUAAGAAAUCAAAAACAAAGAGAGAGCAUUCUGAUUAUCUCGAUGUAAACUACAUUAUUGCAACAAAUACAGAAGGAGAUGAAGAUAAUGAAGCAUCUCUACUAAUGAAUAAUAAAUAAGCAUAGAAAUUUCUUUAAUCUUAGCAAUUUAAAGCUGAUAAGAAAACUGUAAAGGGACCAGUAAAGCUAGAUUAACAAGUAACUGAAUAUUUAAACGCAAGAGACUUAUACAGUGAUUUAUUAGUUGAUGACCUUUAUAAUCAAAGUGACUCAAAUACUCAAACUUUGGGAUCGUAGGGUCAAAUGUCGAAAGAUUUUGGAUCUUAAGAUCAGAAUGGGACCCUCAACUACAAAAGAAUGAGAGUUGAAUCAUUCGCUAAGACUCCUUGCUUUUUAAAAAGUCCAAGGUCUCUAGCAAGUAGCUAAGUAGGACAUCAUAUUGAUAUAGAAAAUGAAUAUGUUUCUCUUAAUACAUAUAAUGGAGAUAUUGAACAUGAUUUACUACCUCUUAAACAAAUAAAGAGACUUCAUCUUAAUAAACUAUCUUAGUCAAGUGAUGAAAUUUCAAAAACUGUAAACAUUUUCUUUGAGUAGAAAGGAAGCAUUUUAGAUUAAUCACCAUCACAAGACUACCUUAUUAACAAUAAUUACACACCACUGCUUUAAUAUCAGAUCAGUAAGAUAACCAAUGCUAACCGGAAAAGUGGGGAUGGAACAAAUACAACGAAUAUUUACAUUGAAUAGAAAAAUUUCAAUUAAAUAUAGAUCCUUAACAAUCAGUAUAUGCCUAUUCCUUUAAUUAAGCACGUAAAAACUGAUGCCAAAAAAGGAAAAUUUAGGAUACCGAAGAUGAGUAAAAUAUCUCCAAAUAUUAAUGGGUAGCAUAACGAAAACACUUACUAAGCUUAGAUAGAAAACUUUCUACUUAAAUAGCAAUAUUUGCAAAAGAAUAAUGAUAACAGUAAGGUUUUCUAGCAGUAACUAUUGAGAGCUAGUAUGGAAAACGGAAAGCAAAUAAAUGGUAAUGUAGGAAAUAACCUAAGUCAUGUUUUUGAGGAUAAAAUAACUCAUACUAGAGCAAGGCCGAAUGAUAAUUAAAUAAUGCGCAAAAGUAAAUUCAUCCUAUUGCAGCAUUAGCAAUGA